AUGCAGCUGUUACAGCGCAUCCUGCUAGGCGGCCUGACCUUGCUUCCUAUUCUGGGAACAAGUGAAGCACAGUCCUACAAAGUCCAGAAACCUCCUCUAGACACCGACUGGACAUACAAGGUGGGAACGAACCCAUGGCCAGAACACCCGCGGCCGCAGCUCCGUCGCGAGGAGUGGAAGAACCUCAAUGGCAUAUGGACGUACGAAGGAGCCGGCCAGACUUACACCUUGAGCGGUCCGCCAACUGUGGAUGCAUUGUCGCGUGAAAUCAUGAUCCCGUCGUGUGUUGAGAGUGGUCUCUCGGGCAUUCAGGACCUCAAUUCUACCAAUAUGUGGUUCUCUCGUAGUUUCAACGUCCCAGACAACUGGAGGGGACAGGACGUCCUGCUCAAUUUUGAAGCUGUCGACUAUGAAGCCACUGUCUUCUUGAACGGCAUCAAGGUCGGCACAAACGUUGGUGGUUACUUUCGAUUCACUAUCAAUAUCACCAAGAACAUUAAAUGGGGACAGAACAACAAGCUCUUCGUCUUUGUCUACGACCCAACAGACACGGAUAUCAUUCCCAUUGGGAAACAGACCAGAAACCCAAGCCACAUCUUCUACCGGCCCUGCUCCGGCAUCUGGCAGACAGUAUGGCUGGAGAGAGCACCCGCAAACCGCAUCACUCAACUCGACGUGACGGCAGAUAUGCACGGCGAGGUCAAGCUAACUGCUCACACUACGCUCAAGAAAAACGCCGACAUGAAGAUCGAAGUCUUCGACACCAACGGCCGCGUUCUCGCCGAGCAAAAAGGCUCAUCCGACAAGGAAGUCCAGUUCAAGGUACCCAAUGUAAAGCAGUGGUCGCCCUCGUCACCCACGCUUUACAACAUGACAGUCACCAUGGGCGAUGAAGUCGUCCACAGCUACACGGGAUUCCGCACAAUCAGCAGCGGCAUCGUCAACAAGGUACAACGGCCGAUGCUCAACGGCAAGUUUGAAUUCCUGUUCGGCACGCUCGACCAGGGAUACUGGCCUGAUGGGCUGUACUUACCGCCGAAUCGGGAAGCCAUGAUCUACGACUUGAAGAUGUUGAAGAGCUUGGGCUUCAAUAUGGUCCGCAAGCAUAUCAAAGUUGAGCCGGAUCUGUUCUAUCGUGCGUGUGAUGAAAUCGGCCUCUUGGUUAUCCAGGAUAUGCCUAGUCUUCCUGCGGACGGCAACAGACCUCCCAAUGCGGCACAGCAGGCCGAAUUCCAACGACAGCUCGAGAUACUCAUCAACGAGCACAAGAGCUACACGUCCAUUGUCGUCUGGGUCAUUUACAACGAGAGCUGGGGACAGCUCCGGGGCCCUCCUUACCCCGAGGAGAAGCUUACGGAAGUCGUACGCAAGAUCGAUCCCUCCAGACUAAUUGACUCUGUAACUGGCUGGAAUGACCACGGAUUCGGUGACUUUUCCGACAACCACCAUUAUGCCAAUCCCCAGUGCGGCACGCCCUUCUACUCGCUCGCAUCUUCUCCAUACGACCCCAAGAGGAUCGGUUUCCAAGGCGAAUUUGCCGGCAUCGGUCACAACGUUUCCAUAGAGCAUCUGUGGAACGUUCAACAAGCCAUCGACACCAUCAACCAGACCUACGAACUCAACGACGACCUGGAAACAUACAACUACCGCGCCCAGGUCCUGUUCCGCGAACUCACCGAACAGGUCCGCUUCUAUGCCUGCAGCGGCGCCGUGUGGACCCAGACUACGGAUGUCGAGGGUGAAGUCAACGGCUUGUACACAUACGAUCGUCGGGUGCUUCGACCGAAUGAAAAGUUGUGGAAGGGCCUCAUCAAAGACAUAUUUGAUCAAGCUCAAAAGCGAGCUUAG